UAAAUAAACGUCUUUGCAACCAUUUGAAUUUAGCGGAAUCACAGAGUUGGCCCUUCGGUUUUGUUGCAGUGUACUGGACCGUAUAAACGGAACGACCUUUCAAGUUUCGACAAAGGGAGCAACAAUGGCGUCUGCUAUAUCCGGUGCCAUAGCAAAUGCUUUGCUGUUGCCUCCCUCAACAGUCGGGAAGUUAGGGCUCACGUUAGCAACCACACCUCGGAGGAAAUGCUGCUCACUCUUAUCUCCCUCGACGGAGCUGGUAUAUCGUUGCGUGCGGCGAAGGAAAAAUGUGCCCGCAGCAAGAAAACUAGUUGUUCGUGCCGCAAGAACAGAGUCUGUGGGCGUGUCUCUCGGUUCCAGAGCUCCUAAUUUUGAGCUACAGGAGCCGCUCACAGGGAAUAUCUGGAAAUUAGAGGACUUCGAAUCUUAUCCUGCGUUACUGGUCAUGUUUAUUUGCAAUCAUUGUCCAUUUGUUAAGCACUUGAAAAAAGACAUUGUAAAGCUUACAAACUUCUAUAUGAAGAAAGGGCUUGGAGUAGUUGCAAUAUCCUCGAACUCCAUAGUUACUCACCCUCAGGAUGGACCAGUUUUCAUGGCAGAAGAUGCGAGACUGUUUAACUAUCCGUUCCCAUACCUUUAUGAUCAUUCACAAGAAGUUGCAAGAGACUAUGGAGCUGUUUGCACACCCGAGUUUUACCUAUUUAAAAAGGAUGGGCGUCGAUUCUUUGAACUAGUAUAUCAUGGUCAGUUUGAUGAUUCACGGCCAAGCAAUAAUGUUCGUGUCACCGGGAGGGACUUGAGCCUGGCAAUAGACUACGUUCUUAGUGGUCAACCAGUUGCAAAAAAUCAGAAACCCAGUGUUGGAUGCAGCAUAAAGUGGCAUCCAGAUGGAAGCGUAUAAGUGGCCCACAAUGUUGGUUCAAGCUUCAUACCAGUUGAUACAUACAUUACGUACUACCAUCUUGCAUCUACUCUUAUACUGUGUAUCAUUCUUUAGUUUCACUUCAAUGUUAAUGGUGUUGUACAGUUACUCUAUCCUUACAAUACAAGGAAAUAUAACAUUCGAACAAAUGUAAGUAAGAAUAUACUUGUUUUUUUCAGAUAAAAUGCAUAACUAUGUCCAUCUCA